UCAAAAAGCCCGUGUCCUGACCGCAGUACCCAUCGAGUGGAUAGUGUUGAAUAAUUUUGCGCCUUGGUAUUUUUUCUUUACUUGGGAGUAAUAUAUUUGGAAUAUACAUGCAGUCGUCAAGCUCAACAGAGAAAUGCGCUGCUAGUCUGGAAAAGACUGCUAGACGUUGAGCUCUCUGUUUGCUGUAUGAGGGACACAACUGCACAGAUGGAGUCAAGGGUUCCCCACCACAUCCCUGGAGUGUCUUCCUCCAUUAUAUCCCAGCCGUUGCUGGACAGUAGUGUCCCCUAUGGAAGGCUACAGCACCCGCUCACCAUCUUCCCCAUCGACCAGAUUAAGUCCUCUCACAUGGAGAACGACUAUAUUGACAGUCCGGCUGUGGUCUCCCAGCAACCCCCCAGCCAGAAGGUUGCCAAAAGGGGGCCCCACGAGCCACUGCUAGGAGCCCCCCAGCUGGCACGCUGCGACCCCAACGACGCCACCACACACCCCUGGAUCUCCUUCAGCGGGCGGCCCAGCUCCAUCAGCAGUAGCAGCAGCACCUCGUCAGACCAGAGGCUGCUGGACCACGCAGCCCCUACCCCCGUGGUGGACCACAGGUCCACAGUAGUCACCACCAGGACCCCCUGUUGCGAGCCCAAGGUGCUCACCUCCAAGCCUCUGGACCUAAAGGCUGCUGCCCAGGGGGCCAUGGCGGUGGACAAGAAGCACAUGCUGCUGUGUGAGACAUGUGGUAAGUGCCGCUGCACAGAGUGCACCCUGCCCCGAACCCUGCCUUCCUGCUGGGUGUGCAACCAGGAGUGCCUGUGCUCGGUGCAGAGCCUGGUGGACUCGGCCACCUGCAUGUGCCUGGUCAAGGGCAUUUUCUACCAUUGCACCGAGGAUGAGGACGACGAGGGCUCUUGCGCCGACCGCCCAUGCUCCUGCCAACAGUCUAACUGCUGCGCACGCUGGUCCUUCAUGACGGCCAUGUCCCUGGUGCUGCCCUGUAUGAUGUGCUACCUGCCCGCCAUGGGCUGUGUCAAACUGUCGCAGAAGUGCUACGAUAAAACCAGCCGCCCGGGCUGCCGCUGCAAGAACUCCCAGCAGGCCUGUAAGAGUAUGGAGGCCAAGGCUGGAGGCCAGGGGAAACAGUCCUCAUGAUACUAACUGGCUGUUGCCUUAUCAAUACCCUUUGGAUAGACCAAGCCCCCCACCCGCUAAAAGACUUCCCAAAAACUAUGGUACUUACAGAAGUGUUCACACCUGUCCUUUUAAAUUCUAGUGAUGUUAUGCCACGCAAGUUAAAAUAGGUCUGUCUGAUAGAUCUGUUGGCCUAGACAACUGCUUGCCUCAGAACCCAUCCUUAUGAGUGUAACAGACUGGUGGAUUUUGUUUUAUAAAAUGGCCGAAGGCACAAGUCAUACUCCCCUCCUAUACGGCUCUGAAUUUAUAGCUUCAUGAUAGCUAGCUACUCCAUGACAAAUUGGACACCAGUUGUUUUCCCCCUAACAUAAAGAUAUAUGUUUGAGAAAAUAAGCCUGUUCCAAAGCAGUUUCCCUCUAUUUUUUUUUUGCAAACUGUUGGUUUUCCUUUUUGGUAGUUUAGGAUACUUGAAGUGAAACCACCACCCACUCUCCUCUAUAUAUGAACAUUCUUGAGGUUUCAGUCCCACACCAGCUUUCCUGUUGCUAGCUUGACGUUGAGCUCUUUAGGUCAAGGUGACAAAGUGAGAGGUAGUCAUGUGGCUUUGGAGCGAUAGUCUGUUUUCUAUAUUCUUGUUUGUGUGCUCGUACGAUAUGUAAGGUCAUGCCACAAGUGAGUGGAAAAUCUGUGUUUAGGAUUGCCUGACUUGAUCACUUCCUUAAGGGGAAACGUAAUAUGGAUUUUAACCUCGCUUUUACCAAUCACUUCGGAAAUGGCAUGUCAUGCACUGCAUGAUGUAACUUAGUGCUUAACCCCAGUGCUAGAUGUGGAUGUGUUGUAGAAAAACCUCCUCAGGGAUUGUUCCUCAUCUGUAGAAUUUGGUCUAGCUGCUAGACUCUAGCACGUAAGAACUGCGUUGAAAGCCCAGUUGACUUCACUUUGCACAAGGAGCGAAGAACCAUUUAAAAAGGGCAAAAGGGCAAUUGUGAAUUAUUUAGGAAGAGUGAGAGGAAAUGGCUGGAAAAAUAGCAUUUUCAGGAAGAGGGAGAAGGUAGAGCGAAGUUGUAGCGUGUCUAGCCAGCCUUAGUUAAAUGCAAUCUGCCACUUGCACAACCUUUUUAGAUGAAGCAAACCUCUUAUGAUGGACUAAAGCACAGUAUUAAGUAUAUAAAGGCUUAAUGUAUUUUGCAUUACUCUGUGAACUACUUUGAGUCCACAUUGUAUACCCCACUACUAAAAAAAGUAGAGUUUUGUCUUAUGUUAGAAAUAUUCUUGACCUUUUAUUUUCUCAAUCUAUUUUUUUGUGUCUUGCAUGGAGUUCCAAUGACUUUGCCAAAAGGAGUUUAGCAUAGCUUGUUUAGCUGUCUAAGGGAUCAUAUGUGUGUUAUGCACUUGCCAAAUGGUCGGAAGGCAAUUGUUCUUAAAGGUACGGUGCCCUUUUUGCAGUUUGCUUCAGUUUGGCAUAAUUCUGUCACGUUUGUUCUAAGGUCCCCUAAUAACAUUAGGACCUGUCACCUUCUCAUGUUUGUAAUUCAAUCCAAGGAAAAGGUGCCAACAUUGGGAAUGAUUAUGUGGCUGGCAAAGCCAGGGAGAAAAAAAUUGCAAAUGUGUUGACAAUAUGUUAUAGAAAUAGACCUAUGCAGGUGACAUGCUGUUGUAAAUAGUUUCAAGACACGUGUUCUUUAGAAGAGUUUUAAAUGUCCUCGAAAAAUUGCAUGGUACAUUAUAAUUACAAUUCAGUACAAAAUAUAUAGAGAUAUGUAGAUAUAUAUUUUGGGGGUAAAGUUGAGGUUGAGGGGGAAGUGUGCCCUGCAAUAAAAAUACCUCUGUUUAUGCUAUUCAUGCCUCAUUAGCAGGAGAGAGGCGAAGCUAAUUCCCAGUCCCCCAGUGCCCCUGAAACUGUGGACUCAUUGAAUCCACUGAAGGAAUACAAUUUCGGCCUAUCCGGAUCAAUCCAUUUGGUCCUUUUUGUGCUCGGUGUCACAACUUUUUUAUUUUUCCCUUCCCAAGUUGUCCGACAAAUACCCUUGCCUUGAUUGACAAAUACAGCUGCUGUGCAUAAAUUGUCAAAACCACCGGUAGGGAAAGAGAACUCUCUCAAGCUACAUUCCAUCUUGUUUAAUAGUGGUCGUCUUUUGCUUUUCUGCUUAUUUGUUUUAUGUCUGUCUCUCACUGUGGCUAGGGUAAAACCCUUAGCUCCAAACCGCGUUAGCUUUAUGUUUAUGCCAUGUGUUUGCUGGCCUGUUAAGGUAUUGAAUGAUGACCAACCAUGACAACUCAAUGAUUAAACUUUUUUUCUAUUAGAAUGCUGUGACUUAAACUCCAUUUUGUGGUUCACUGUGGCCACUAGAAUUUUCUUCAACUCAAUCAAAAUAACCUUUUAAACGGCUGGCUUCUGCUAUUCAAUUUCUUUGCCUUUGCCAUGUCAAUGUUGAUUGAAAAAGAGCUUUUGUUUUGUUAAAAUAUAACAAAAAGAAAAAUUCUCACAUAUAACAUUUUCCCUUUUAUAGAUAUAUUUAUUUUGAAGUUCUAUUUUAUAUAGUAUUUAUUUAGAUGCCAACUUUUGUUUGAAGAAAGCUUAUGUCGAAACGGAAUGUACAUUGACAUUGGAAAUAUAUAUUGUUAAAUAUAAACAA